AUGGACUCCGGCGCAACGGCGGACUCUCCGUCCUUCGCCUGGCGGGCGAUGUCCAACACGACCAUGUGGGGAGUGGCCGGACUAUGUCGCGCAUUUCUGUCUGUACUUUCCACCGCAGAGGUGCACGGCGGCGAGGCCUUCACGGCAUUGUUGGACUCUCGGCAGGACCCGGCUCAAAGAACGAAGGGAUUGAUUACAGUGUCGAACCAUAUCAGCGUUAUGGACGAUCCGUUAAUAUGGGGUUUGCUUCCCAUGCGAUUCUGGAACAAGAGGUGGUCGUUCGGAAGUUACGAUAUUUGUUACCAGGGGAGGCCCCUUUCGUUCUUCUUCACCAUGGGACAGGUACUCCCGACGCAUCGCCGGGCGCACUCGUCAUUUGGUGGCUUGGGUCAACCUGCAAUCACCCAGGCCAUCCGAAUGCUCUCCAAAGGUCCCUUCCCCGUUGACCACCACCGCGCUGCACCGGAACUCCAACAUUUCAGCCGUCAGAACGUCUGCAUAGACCCAUUUUCGGAUCUACCUGUUGCAUUCACAACAAAUGGCGAAGAUGCACACAUGGCGCCCUCCGCAUUUUCGUGCAACUCGUACUCGUGGGUUCACAUCUUCCCCGAGGGCAAGAUUCACCAGGCGCCACGAAAGACUAUGCGCUACUUCAAGUGGGGAAUUGCUCGACUUAUCCUCGAAGCCAACGAGUGCCCGGAUGUGGUUCCGAUGUGGAUUGAGGGCAUCGAUCAGGUCAUGCACGAGAGCCGCGAGUUCCCUCGAUUCCUCCCUCGCCCCGGAAAAAAAAUUGAUGUGACCUUUGGCUCAAAAGUCGACUCCGAAGCUGAAUUUGGGGACUUUAGAUCGCGCUGGCAGAAACUCAAAACCAAGGUUGAGGCGACCGAUCCCCGAUCUCGAGAUCUGCCUGUAGGUGUCUUGAGUGACGAGCUGUUGAACAACGAAGAAGCGAUUGAGCUCCGGAAAGAGGUUACCCUGAAGAUUAGAAAUCUUGUGCUGGAUGUGCGACGCACACGCGGCCUCCCAGAUGAGGAUCCCAAGGAGGGCCUUGUUGAGACCUGGCUCGAGGAGGGCCCCAAGCGGGAAGGCCAUAUGAAGGACGGUUCCUGGGUCCGGGAUAUCUAA